AAUGUUGUGACUUUUAUUUUGAUUAAAUUAAUGUUGGAUUAUAUAUAGUGGUUGGUAGGGCACGCCUGCCUGCCUGCCUGGGUGAGAGUGAGACGACAGGACAGACAGAGAGAAUCUGAUGGGAGAGAUGCUGUGAUCAUGUCCCUCCAAAUUGCUUCCAUAACUCAUAAUAAUAUAUAGAAUCUGUUUAUCUAUCUAUCUAUUCAAUUCAAUUCAAUCCAAAAAUGAAUAAUAAAGAAGAAGAAGAAAAAGAAACUUGUUUUGUUUGAGACUCAGACACAGAGAGAAAGAAAGAAAGAAAGAGUUGAAGCCAUGGAGACUCAGACACAGACACAACAGCCCUUUGCCACCACAACUUCACUUCCUUUUGCUGCUUUCUCUCUUUUCUUCUUCUUCUUCUUCCUCUUUCUACUCCGUAGUAGUCGGAGGAGAUUAUUUACUCAUAACAAACCUCCAUAUGUACCAGUGGUUCCUGGUUUGCCACUGAUUGGGAAUCUACUUCAAUUGAGAGAGAAGAAACCUCACAAAACUUUCACAAACAUGUCUCACAAAUAUGGACCUAUUUUUUCCAUCAGAGCUGGUUCUUCCACCAUCAUUGUUCUCAACACUGCUCAACUUGCCAAACAGGCAAUGGUGACUAAAUUUCCGUCGAUUUCAACAAGGAAGCUAUCAACUGCACUGACAAUUCUGACUUCUGAUAAAUGUAUGGUUGCUAUAAGUGACUACAACGAUUUUCACAAAAUGGUCAAAAAACAUAUUCUUGCUAAUGUGCUUGGAGCCAAUGCACAGAAGCGACACCGUCUCCACAGAGAAGUCAUGAUGGAAAAUAUGUCCAGGCAGUUUAGUGAACAUGCAAAGACCCUCUCUGAUUUAGCUGUUGAUUUCAGGAAAAUAUUUGUGUCUGAACUUUUCGGACUAGCACUAAAGCAAGCUCUGGGAAGUGAUGUUGAAUCCAUUUAUGUGGAGGAGUUUGCGAGUACAUUAUCAAAAGAGGACUUAUAUCACAUUCUAGUGGUUGAUUUUAUGGAGGGUGCCAUUGAAGUGGAUUGGCGAGAUUUCUUUCCAUACCUGAAAUGGAUUCCAAAUAAGAGCAUGGAGAAGAAAAUUCAUAAAGUGGAUCUCAGAAGAAAAUAUGUCAUGACGGCAUUGAUUAAUGAGCAGAAGAAGCGAUUGGCAUCAGGGAAGGAAGUAAAUUGUUAUUAUGACUACCUGAUAUCAGAAGCUAAAGACGUGACUGAAGAACAACUGAUCAUGCUUCUCUGGGAGCCAAUUAUUGAGACAUCUGAUACUACCUUAGUUACAACAGAAUGGGCUAUGUAUGAACUUGCCAAAGACAAAAUACGUCAGGACCGUCUGUAUGAGGAACUCCUAAAUGUAUGUGGACAUGAAAAGGUUACAGAAGACCAAUUAUCUAAGCUACCUUACUUGGGGGCUAUAUUCCAUGAAACAUUACGGAAGCAUAGUCCAGUUCCAAUUGUUCCACUAAGAUAUGUUCAUGAGGAUACCGAAUUGGGUGGAUACCAUAUUCCUGCCGGAAGCGAGAUCGCAAUAAAUAUAUAUGGAUGUAACAUGGAUUGUGACUGUUGGGAAAAUCCUGACCAGUGGAUUCCAGAGAGAUUUCUUGACGAGAAAUAUGAGCCCUCGGAUUUGUAUAAGACUAUGGCCUUUGGAGGAGGGAAGAGGGUGUGUGCAGGCUCCCUUCAGGCCAUGUUGAUAGCAUGCACGGCAAUUGGCAGAUUGGUACAGGAAUUUGAGUGGGAGCUAGGACAAGGGGAGGAAGAGAAUGUGGAUACCAUGGGUCUUACAACCCACAGGCUUCAUCCCCUGCUAGUAAAACUCAAGCCGAGAAACCAUUUUAAGUAUUAGUCGUAACUUAUAUUGCUGGUAAAUUUAGUAGUUGUAGCAUAGCUACAUAUUUACUAAGUGCAGCUCACAGUAUAGUUAUCUCAAAUAUAAGAUAUUAACAGCUUUGAUAAAUAAAAUUCUGGUUAAUAAUAAAAAUAUAUGAAUAGUUUUAUUGAGUUUGCUCUAUCGUCUUUAGUUUUUCAAAAGUUUGCUCUAUCAUAUGUAGUUUUUCAAUCAUACAUGUAUGGAUGGAUAAUCAGAAAUUUGGUUUUCAAUAAUAACCAUAACCUGUAAUUUGGUUUUCAAUAAUAAUCAUUUUUUUAUCUUGUGUAAAA